AUGUCUUCACUAGAUGAUCAUAUUGAGCCAUAUAACUUAAAGGAUGACCAAAGUGAAGUUUGUUUUGGUCACAGCAGUGAACGCAGAUUUGUUCGAACAUACCGCCUGAGGGAUAUAGUUGAAGAAGUCCGACGAGAUUAUGGAGUGAAUAUAAGUUAUGAGCAGGCUUAUCACACUAGAGAAUAUGAAUUGACGUUCGCACGAGGGUUGCCAAAAGGAUCAUAUACUAUUGCUAGGGCAUAUGGCGAGACACUUAAACUUGCAAAUCCAGAUAUGAUCUUUGAGGUUGAAAUAAAAGACAAGAAAUACUUUAAGUACGUCUUCAUGGCACUUGGUCCAUGUAUCAGGGGUUUUUUGAACUGCAUCUACGCAGCAAUCGUUGUUGAUGGGACCUAUUUGCACAAGAAAUAUAAAGGUGUGUUGUUAAUAGCAACAUAUAUUGAUGACAAUAAUUAUAUAUAUCCUAUCGCCUUCAAUAUUGUAGAUGGUGAGAACGAUGCAUCUUGGUCUUGGUUCAUGAAUCAUCUGAAGGCUUCGAUAGGAGACAUUCCAAAUUUAGUGAUUAUAUCAGAUCGUCACAUCUCAAUUGCAAAGGCUGUCUCAAGUAUAUUCCUUGAUGCAUUUCAUACCCCAUGUAUAUACCAUAUUCGAAACAAUUUUAUUGACAAAUUUAAGAAUAAGGACAUAAUCCCACACUUCUACCUAACGGCGAAAGCUUAUAGAAUGUCUAAGUUUCAGAUGCAUUGGGCUAAGCUCCACAAAUAUCCUGAUGUGAAGGCCUAUCUUGAGGAGGUAGGAUUACAACAGUGGGCAAGAGUUUAUCAAAUCCAUUGUAGGUAUGACAAGAUGACACAAAUAUAG